AUGCGGAGGCAAUGGAAACGCACAAAAAAUAUUUUCAAAGAUUAUUGGAAGAAAAAUGGAGGAAUGACAGAUCCACAAUUAGCAAGAUCUAAAAUGAAGCCAGAUUGUCGUAGCGAAGAAGAUUGGGGUUAUUUGUGCGAUUAUUGGGAAUCGGAUAAAGCGAAGAGGAGGCUCACGAUCGAUAGCAAAUCACAAAUUUGCAAUGGAUGGGAGGCUUCAAGUGGACCUGUUAUGAGGAAAAAAGAUAUACAUCUCUUAUCAACCGCAGAAACAUCUCAAUCAGCCUCAAAAGACGAAGAAGAUAUGAAAAGUAAGAUUGUUGCACUUGAGGAGGAGGUUCGAAUAAACGAACAGAAAGUCAAACAAAGUGAGGAAAAAUGUGAAAAAAUGUUCCAGUUUAUUAUCUCGAAGUUCCCGGAUUCUCAAAACAUAUUAUGUCCACCCGAUGAAGAUGAAGCCCGUGCGUACGAUGACAUAACAGAUCUAUUAUAG